UCUUCAUAGCAUUUCAUCUUAUAACAUACACAGUAUAAGUUACACUUACAGUCAGGGUAUUUAUUAUUAAUUUUUCUAUUCAGGUGUAGAGAUUGGGUUGACUUUAUGUUAAUUAAUCAAUAGCGUAUUGCCUGCUUCCUGACAUUAUGAAUCCUGAUAUUGCCUGAUCUAUUUCCCUCGGGGUGGUUUGUUGUGUUAUUUGAUCAUUGGAUUUUUUUUACAGCUUCUUUACGUAAUAACUAGGAAAUUAUGCAUCCUGGUGUGUAUUUUGCCAGUGUUUGAAUAUAUUUACUUCUGUGGUUGUUAUUGCUUUUUUGUGCUGAAUAAUUUUUCUUAUAAGAAAUUGAGAUUCUGCACCAUGAGGGCCCGGGAUUUUGCCCACUACAGCCUGAGGAUUUUUUUCAUCACCGUAGCCAACUUGUUUGGAAUCCCUUCAUAUCUCACCUGGAUUUUACUUCUCCAGCCCUUAAAGCAUUAUUACCCAGAGUUAUUUUGGAAAAUUGAAUCUGUUUUAUUCCAGGGACUUUUAACUAUAGUUACGACAUGGCUGUACUCAGGGGGAUAUACAAUAAUGGAGUCUGGAGACAGUUUGGAGGGGAUCAUGAAUGAUGAAGCAGUGGUUCUAGUAAAUCAUCAAUCCACAUCAGACGUUCCCAUUGUCAUGUCAGCUCUUCAUAACAAAGCUCAGGUGGUCGGGAAGGUCAUGUGGGUCAUGGACGACAUCUUCAAGUACACAAACUUUGGGUGGAUUUCUUAUUUCCAUGGAGAUUUUUUCAUUCUUCAGGGAAAAGAAGCAAGAACAGAUUCUUUAGAGAAGUUACAAAAACACAUAAAUGAAAUAUAUAAAACAACAUUCAAAAAUUGGAUCAUCCUGUUCCCAGAGGGAGGGUUCCUUCGAAAACGUAGAUUUCGCAGUCAAGAAUUUGCCAAGAAAAACCACCUACCAGUUCUCCAACAUGUAACACUUCCUCGUGUUGGGGCACUUAAAGUGAUAAUAGACAACCUGGCUUCACCAACUACAGUUAAUGGGAAUGUUACAGGAAGCAAAUCAAAUGAAAAGACACUAAAGUGGGUGAUAGACAUUACCAUCGGUUAUCCAGGGGCAACUCCUUACAACUCACAUGGCAUGUUUGUGGGGUACUGGCCACCCCAUAAGGUGGACAUCCAUUAUCGUGUGUAUCCCAUACAAGAGAUUCCCACCGAAAAGGAAGCCCUGACAAAAUGGAUGUACGAUCGCUACGAGGAAAAGGAAGUGCUCCUACAGGAAUUUUACACAAAAAGCAAGCCUCUAGAUGAAUCAGAUAACCAGAAGCGAGCCAUGCCGAGGGUCAGGCGUCAUGAUCUGGUUAUUGAUAAAUGUUUAGCCUGUCUUUUCUACCUGCUUCAUUUGUGUUCAUUUAUAGUGUUCUGGUUUUAUUUAUAUUGUCCUGUUAUAAGGAUCAUCAGAUUUAUGAUGAGUUUUGUAUUUUAGAGUUUAUUAAAAUAACUUUUUAUUGUUAUUUUAUGGUUUUUUGUGACGUACAAUCAGGAAUUUUUGCAUCAUAUUUAUCGUAAUACCAGUGAACUGGUGCAUUUUACUUGCAAGUUCUCACUAUAUUUGUCCACAAAUUGAAUCAUAGUAUUAGUUUUUAUAUAGACAGGUUUUUAUAAUCUGUACUUGAGAUCUCUGUAUGACAUUUUUUAUAUAACUUUUCAAUAUCUUUUGAAUUUUAUUUAUUUCAUCUUCCCAGAUAAGAUACUGUGUAUAUAUACUGUAAAUCACUUUUUAUUCACGAGAACUUUAUUUUCGCGUUAUUACGCGAGACAGUGUGCUUGUAAAAAUUUAUUUCUCGCAUAUAAUAGUAUUCCUUAAGAUUAUAUAGAGCAAUUACUACAAUUUGCGAAAAUUUUGUCUCGCUAAUUAAGAGUCAAUGACUAUCUCGCAAAAAUAAGGUGUCACGAAAAUUUAGUGAUCUACAGUAUUUAGAUUAAGGUUUGUGGUCCCCCGUUUGCUCAAUUUAAUUUUUUGCUUUCAUAAAUAAUUUUCCAAAAGAAAUUUAUAAUUAAAAAUGCACACAAUUUAGGCAUACUUUGUGGGGGCAAAAUAUAACUGAUUUAGAAAUGGCCUUAAACUUAAUAUUAUAGAGGUCUCAGGAGUUAUAUUCAUUUAUCCCAGUCUUGAUUAUCGCUGAUAAACCUUAAUCUUAAGACAAUGUUAACAUUUUACAUUACAUGCAUAUGCAUUUAUAAAUCUCCUUAAUCUAAGAACCUUGUGAUUUGAGAUCAUACAUGUAUUUUCUUCUUCAGGCAUAUCAACAUGCACAAGUAUGGAUAAUUUUAAGAUAAAAGACUUUAAAAUUAUUUUAUUACAAAUGUUAUCUGGGUUAUGUCAGUAACAUUGGUAUAAAAAAAAUUACAUUGUAUACCUGAGGAACAAAAUUUAAAUAUGAAACUUUGAUUUUGGCGGAAACUAUGUAGUCAUUUUUAGGAAGUUCAUAAAGAUACUUCCUAUGUACAUACUAAUUAAGUACCAGUAACCAGAACAAAGUAUAAUGCAUGUAUUCAGGGGUCAGCUGUGCAUUGUGUGUUCAUUAAUGAAGCUUCUGCCAAUAUUUUCCUUCUUUUGAGGUUGUUUGGUUGACAACUACAAAUUGUACAUGUACUAGUAAAUUUCAGAAAUUAGGUAACUAACUUAUUUAUAGAAUGUUGCAAAGAUCAUUUUUGUAGUUGUAAAUGUACUAAGUUCACGCUUUGUCUUGCCAGCCCGAGUGUUGGAUUUCCAGUUUUUUUUUUGGUAAUGAUAAAUGCAUUAUGCUGGAGAUAUAAUCUAGAUCAAGUUGUAUGUUUUUUAAGUCUUUCAGCAAUAACAUUCAUGUUUGAUUACUUGAUUUUAUGUUUUCUACAAUAAUUUUUCUAAGCUGCCACCCAUUUGAAAUCUGUGUAUAUAUAUACAUGUACCAGCACUAGAUCUUGACAUUCCUGAUAUCUUAAAUACCUCAAUAUAUUAUCAACUUGAUAUAUUUUAGAAAAAAAAAUUUAAACCAUGAAAACAUGGAAAUCUUAGAGUAACUAUCAUACUGUAACUUUCAAGACUCCGACUGUUUCAAGUACUUAUGAUAUAUCACAAAAUGAAGAUUCUGGUAUGCCAACAUUUUCUUUGGAUACACCAUAUAAGCAGAAUUUUUAGCGUGGAUUUAAUUUUGGCAUUAUUAGCAAGGGUGUUUAGAAUUGAAUAUUGCUAAUAAAUAAUUGCAUUUUAUUUAUAAAAGUUUCAUUAGUGAGCAUUUUUAAAAUCGCUAAAAUUACAUCUCACUAAAAAUAACUUUAAUAAAUUUUCAGGACAAUUGCUAAAUUUGUGUCUUGCUAACAUUUCAACUUCUAUGUUAAUAGGAUAUAUGUGUGCUAAAAGUAUACAUUAAGUACCAGCUUUGGUUUUGAUUGUCUGUAAACUAGCUUUUUUCUGAUUUAAAGUGUAUGAUUUAUAUACUAAUAUAGUUUGGUAUACUAGCUGGUAUUGAUAUCAUCUUUUUGAAAUUAAAAUGAGUUGAAUUUUAAGAAAUUUGAUACAUGUAUACCAUACUGAUUUUUAAGC